GACGUCUCGGGCUGACGGCUACGUUCACGUUGUAAUGUUGUGCUUAUAUGAUCCUUGGACAAGAUUUGUCCACACCUCCACCUUAUCCUGUUGGUGAGCAUCUUCUCAAAAGACUGUGUUUACAAUGCUUUGAGAGCAAUUCCUGUGGUGGCAGGUCAAUGUCCAGACAUGGGCAAUGGUUCAAUAAAGGCCCCACGGGCUGUGGAGGACAUACACACAGAACUGCCGGGCCUGGACACAGACAUCUUAAGGAUGCGAAUAAACUACCUGGAACUUGAGCUGCUACAGAAAGACAAAGUACUAGAAGCUCGGGAACUUCAGUUGCAACAUCUGCAGAGGGAGUUAGAUGCCAAGGUCUCCCAAAUUGACAAACUCCAGGAUGCUAUAGGCUACAACAGCAGCUUUGGAUGUGCAGCACCAGGACUGUGCCACCACCGCUUCAGUGUAAUCAAUCAAGGACCCAGUCGUUUCCAAAAGGCCGCCGUGGCGGUCCACCAAAGACUUAAAGCCAAGGAAGGUGUCUCUGCUGAGCCUACUUCUGAUUACUUCUGUGGGGGGCUAAGACCUACUCACAUUUCUGUGGUGAAGCCUAUACACAAAGACUCGGAAAUUAAAAAGCUCAUGAAUGACGCCAUGACAAACAAUGAUUUCCUUAAGAGAUUGGAGCCACAACACACAAGGGAAAUGGUUGACUGUAUGUAUGAGAAGGUGUACACGAAAGGACAGCUUGUCAUCCAGGAGGGGGAAUCUGGAAACUUCCUAUAUGUCUUAACAGAUGGCUUGCUGGAAGUCAUCCAAAACGGCAAACUGCUCAGUGAGAUGCAUCCUGGAACAGCAUUUGGAGAAUUGGCAAUAUUGUAUAAUUGCAAAAGAACAGCCACCGUAAAAGCUCUGACGGAGUCCCACAUAUGGGCUUUGGAUCGUCAGACUUUCCAAGCAAUCAUGAUGCGGACUACACAAGCCCGGAAUGAGGAGUAUUUCAGCUUUUUGCGCAGUGUGUCUCUACUUCAGGAAUUGCCAGAAGAGAAACUUGCCAAGAUUGUUGAUUGCCUUGAAGUUGACUAUUUUCAAAAGGGAGAGUACAUUAUUCGUGAGGGGGAAGAUGGUGACACGUUCUUUAUCAUUGCAAAAGGAGAAGUUAUUGUGACACAAAGCACAGAAGGCUUUGCUGAACCUCAGGAAAUCAAGACCCUCGGAGUUGGAGACUACUUUGGAGAGAAAGCUCUGAUCAGUGAAGAUCUUCGUUCAGCCAACAUCAUCUGCAAUGAAAAUGACACACACUGUUUAGUGGUUGACAGAGACAACUUUAACCAGAUGGUUGGAACCUAUGAGGAACUUCAGGCUUACCUGAAGGAAUAUGUAGAGGAACUUUCAAGGAGUGACGAGAAGCGAAACGCUCUGCCACAUUCACCCCAGAUUGAUUCUGCAGAAGCCCAAGAGCUGAGAAGGUUAAAGGAGAGGAUUGCCCUAAUACCACAUAAUCAACCUUUCCAGCAAUUGGAGGUGAUAGCGACUCUUGGCAUGGGAGGAUUUGGACGAGUGGAGCUGGUGAAGCUGAAGGACGAGGACACUACAUUUGCACUGAAAUGUAUUAAGAAGAAGCAUGUUGUGGACACCAGACAACAGGAACACAUUUACUCAGAGAAGAACAUUCUUCAGCACGCCAAUUCGGCUUUUAUCAUCAGGUUAUUCAGAACAUUCCGCGACAAUAAGUAUGUCUACAUGUUGUUGGAAGUGUGUCUUGGAGGAGAGCUGUGGACUGUGCUGCGUGACAUGAACUAUUUUGAUGAAUCGACUGCAAGAUUUUGCACUGGUUGCGUCCUAGAGGCUUUUGAUUAUCUCCACACUAUGGGUAUUAUAUAUAGAGACCUCAAACCCGAAAACCUUCUUCUUGAUGCAAAAGGAUAUGUCAAAAUGGCAGACUUCGGGUUUGCGAAAAAGAUUGGUCUUGGAAAGAAGACCUGGACAUUCUGUGGAACACCUGAAUAUGUGGCUCCAGAGGUCAUCAUGAACAAAGGCCAUGACUUUGGAGCUGAUUGCUGGUCUUUGGGAAUUCUCAUAUUCGAACUUCUUACUGGCAAUCCUCCAUUUGCUGGAUCAGAUCCCAUAAAGAUCUACACAAUGGUCCUCUAUGGCAUUGAAAAGGUGGACUUCCCCAAGAGAAUAGGCAAGCGUCCAGAUGACCUUAUCAGGAGACUCUGCAAGCUAAACCCAGUGGAGAGAGUGGGGAACAAAAAGAAUGGAAUCAUUGACAUCAAGAAACACAAAUGGUUCCAGGGCUUUAACUGGGAGGGGUUAAGACGCCACAAGCUCCUGUCUCCUUUGAAGAGAGAGCUUAACAGCCCAAUGGAUCACAGUCACUUUGACAUCUUUCCUCCUGACACAGAAGUGACCCCUGAUGAGACAUCUGGCUGGGAUAAAGACUUCUGACAUCUCAUACAAAAUGUAUUUCGUAAUCGGCGUUUCACUUUCACAAUAUAUGGAGUCCUCAAGUCUCGCCCCUAUGCUGGAGACUUAACCUGAAGGGCAACUCAACCUGAAAGUGCCCCUUAAAAGGGACUUUAAUGCACGGGGUGGAACCUUCAAUCACUCGUUUCAGUUGAACCAUAAACAGUGACCGACGUACACCGUUUAAUGCAUGGUUUAUGCUUCUGCCUUGGGCCUACGGCAUAGCUACGGCGUUCACUCCACGCUGUCGAUGAGCAUUUGAAGCUCUGAGUAGAAGUGACGCAUUGCACUGUAGUGUGCCGCCCAGUCAAUAGGGGGGUUUAUUGUUAUCUUUGUGAGGUUUUGCAGGCUUUUGCAGAGAUGCAAGAGAUGCACUUAUGAUAUUUUGGGAUGUCAACGGGCAGAUUUGACGAUCUUCUUCACGGUAAUGACGCAUUGUGUCUCGACCAAUCACAGUCGUUCAUGUAGUAAUGCAUAGUCAGGACGCGUAGUCAGGAUUUUUGAGAGGGGCAAAAUAUUUUUUUUUAAUUUUGAGGGGCCAGCUACACUUUCACGUAGGGCACUUAGCUAGUUACGGCAACCGUACGUGGGUGGGCGGAGCUUUUGCGAAAGGUCAAUUGACUGUGGCAGAAUCCCUCCCCCCUCAACAAAUGACACCUGGCAUUCCCAUGGAGUCCAAAACAGAAUUGGCCCUCCUAGACACCUGAAAGGCUGUUUUUGAUGACGACGAUGAAAGUCUUCAAAUUUGAAGAAAGGUGCACAGAAAUAUAUGCCUGUGCCCCCACCCAGUCACUUGAAAGUUAAGCGCAGGUCCAGUCAGUUUUAACGAUAAUAUAUAUUUUUUUACGUGCAUUGGCAGGUCUGUUUGGCAUCUUAAAACAACUUUCGCAUGCAAAAAAUAAACAAUACAGUAGACCACAAUGAAGAACAAAAAAUAUUGUAUUUGGAAAAUACAUUUAAUAUUGAUGAAAAAUGCAUAAUGCAAGAUACAACAGUUAGUAGUAAAGUUGUUGGACAGAUGUACAAUAUUCUUAUAUACAUUUACCUGCAAAAAGGAUAUAAAAAACAAAAUAAUACAGCUGCAUUUUCAGCAUGUGAUAGGAACAAAGUUAUAGAAACCCAAGGACUGUAAAAUGUAAAUGUUGAUACAGUAUUUUUUUCAACCACCAAUAAGGAAAAUAAUGAAAUACAGAACCUCCAAAACAACCUUGUCCCUUUUUUGUUCAAUCACUAUACGAAUACAAGACGUUUGAAAUCCACUGUAUAAAAAAUUCUUGUUUUUCUAUUCGAGUUACAGUCAAACUGUUUCUGUUUCUUUGUUUCCAAUAAAAAUGAAUGUUGUCAGAACAUUUUGGUGGGAUUGACUGGUCAUGUUUCCCAAUUUAUUCUGCAUUUUUUAAAUUUGUUUAUAAUUUAUUAGCAGACUUAGUGUAUACUGUAUUUCUCUGUGCUAUGCCAUAACAGUUCAACGGCCGUCAUUUUCUAAAGAUAAAGAUGGGCUAAGUUUAAAGGCAUGAACAGAUAAAUCA